UCGUCCCAAUCAUGGACCAGGAACGAGAGGGAGGGAGGGAGAGAGAAAGACUACUCCGCUUAUCUACACGGCGAAGCCAAGUGCAGCUAGCGCGACGAAAUAUAGCAAAGCCCAAUCGUAUCUUUUACCGCUAAGAGUGGCAGGCAUAAGGAGAAGAAGAAUUAGGAGGCCUAAGGAGAAGGAGAAUUAGGAGUGAUGAUGAAUCCCCCGUCAUCCUCAUCCGUCAUACGCGACCUUUCUCCUUUGAGCUACUCGUUGCUUCCUAUCUCCACCAAGCUCCAUGGAAGAAGCGCCAAGCAGAGAGUGGUAUUCCCUCGGGCUGCUCUGGACCCUCUCAUCGGGGCUUCUUCUCCUCCUCGAGCCCGCUUUGCUGCUAAAAGAAUGGAAUCUGUGACCGUCGUCCAGAACCCGGAGCGACCACUUGAGCAAUACAUGAGGUUGCCGGCGAGCCAGUACUCGGUUUUGGACGCAGAACGGAUCGAGCGGGUGGAUGAGAACACUUUCCGGUGCUAUGUCUACAAAUUCAAGUUCUUCAAUUUCGAAGUUUGCCCUGUUCUGAUGGUCCGAGUCGAAGUAGAGCCUAGUGGUUGCUGCAUUCGCCUUUUAUCCUGUAAGCUGGAAGGGUCUCCGAUUGUUGUACAGCAGAACGAGAAAUUCUCAGCUUCUAUGGUGAAUAGGAUAUCCUGCAGUGUCAACAAUAAUGGCUCAACGAUGCAGCAACUUAUAUCAGAUACUGAAAUUGAGGUUGUCAUAGACAUACCUUUUGCAUUCCGUGCACUUCCUGCUGCGCUGAUAGAAUCAAGUGGAAAUCAAGUUAUGGAGCAGAUCUUGAAGAUUAUGCUACCACGGUUUCUUGCACAGUUUUUCCCCAUCAAUGGUCAAUCUUUUCAUGAAGAAAAGCGUAAGGUCUAAACUGCUUUUAGAAGACAACCCACCUCUCCUUGCUUGGGCUAAUUGUAGCUACCUGUUACUAUGUUUCUCUUAGUCGAAGGUGUUUGAUUCUUCCUGAUUAUGAACAAAUAGAUAACAUGAGUUGAUAUCUGUCAUUGACCUAAAGGCGUAUGACCCACUAUUCCAAAAAGGAAGCUGGCUCCUUUGCAUUUGUGCCUAGUGAGAUGAUAGUAUACCGUCAGCUUGGUACCACACACCACUCCAUAUGGUAUUGGAGAAUAGGACGUGAAUCAAUUGGGCAACAUGUCUUUCCCCAUGCCACCAGCCUGAUUAUGUUACGCCC